UACCUCAGAGCUGCCUUUAUCGACGUCCGUAACUCCAUUUUGCGUUCAAAGGAAACCAACUGUCUGCACUUAGUUUUUCUCAAAAAGCUUUGUAUUGGUUUAGUUUUAAAAGCCUUAUUUAUUUUUUAAGUGCGUGAGCGCAACCUCAGGUCCGGUGAACGAUGGCAGCCCAUGUGGAGACCCAGUGUUCAAGCGCCACGGAGGGCAGCGCCUAUUCGGCAACAGUCAGUCAGGGCUAUGUUUUACCAGAAGGAAAAAUCAUGCCAAACACAGUCUUUGUUGGUGGAAUUGACAUAAAGAUGAACGAAGCAGAAAUUCGGAGUGUCUUUGAACAAUAUGGUACUGUGAAGGAGGUCAAAGUCAUCACUGACAGAACUGGUGUUUCAAAGGGGUAUGGAUUUGUGUCUUUCCUUGACAAUGUGGAUGUUCAAAAGAUAGUUGAGUCACAAAUCAACUUCCAUGGUAAAAAGCUGAAACUGGGGCCAGCAAUCAGAAAACAACAAAACUCAAAUUCCUGUGUGCAGCCCAGACAAUUAGUUCUUGGUCCUCCCCCACCACAGUUUCAGAGUGUGUGGGGUAAUCAGACUGUGGAGACGUACAUGCAGCCUCCAGCCGUAAUGAACCCUGUAACACCCUAUGUUCAGCCCUAUCAAUACAGUUCAUCACCAACUGUACUGCUAAAGCAGCAAGUUCCCAUCGGGUGUCAACCGGCUUACAACUAUCAGGCUCAACCACAAUGGCUUGCUGGGGAGCAAAGAAAUUAUGUUAUGCCUCCACCUCCGGUGUAUACUUCAGUAAACUAUCAUGGCACCGAGGAUCCAGGAUUUAUACAGAUGGAAUGUGCUGUUCCAGAACUCCUGCCGUUGCCUAACAGCCCACAAAAGAAGUCUGUGGACAGGGGCAUGCAAACGGUAUUAUCCUGUAUGUCUAGUCCUGAGAACCAGCUGAUAAAUGAUUUUGCAUCACAAGACAACAAUGUAAAGGAGAGUAAGACAUACCACUUCAGAAGAGGAAGGACAGUACACAAAAAUGUUUGAUCAACGAAGACUUCAGAGUAUCUAAAUUAAUUAACUAGAUGUUACUAGCAAUACAGAGUGUAAUAUUUCUCAAAGUUACUUCAAGUACGUUUGUGCUCAUGUUCUACCUGUUUUGAUACUGUUGUUGUUGCUUGAGUAGUUUGAAGUUCAAAGUUGUAAGAGGUGACAAACUUCAGUGCUACUGUUGUGUGCUUCCCCUGACAACUGACUGGAAUGUUAGAGAGUUUAUAUGUUUGCUGCAUGUGGAUUUUUCUCUGAGCUUUAAGGUACAGUUUGCAUAUUACACAUGGUUUUUCAUUAACUACAAUUUCACUCAUACUGACCAGUUAACUCCUGCAGUUCAAAAAUGGAAGUAGUUAUUUGCCCAAGAGAUUGUAUUUUAAGACUGAACUCUUAAAUCAGUGCAGAAGAUGAUGAUAAGUUGUAACUGAGCUGGAGCUGUGUAAGUCCUGGUUGCCUUUAGAUGACAUAAUCAGUGUGGUUAUGUUCACUGAUGACAGUCUAUGUACCUGCAGUCUUGAGCAUCACUACUAUUUUUGGGUAAGUAAUGAAGAGAAUCCUAAAAUUCCUGUAUGUAACUUCAAAUGCAAGAAUGUUAUCUGUAUUGGACCCUCAGUCAGCCAAUACAGGACUUUUUACUUGGAAAAUCUUAGCAAUAACUGUAUUUUAAACUUCUGAGAAAAUACUGCACUUAUGAGCCUUUGUUAUGUGAUGCAGAGUAUGUGUAAGACUGUUUUAAUAAUCAUGUAGAUUUUAGGUGUGUAUUGUGAAACAGUGAAAUAAAUUUUUACUUUUCCUUGGUUUCCUAAACUUCUGGUGUGACAAAUCUAAAUAAUAACUUACUAUUCUAUGUGAGAUUUCCAGUUACUAUAAAUCUAUAGUAACCUUAAUUUUGUGUAGAUACUAGUUGAAGUUUUGAAAGAAUAGAAUUGAGAACUGUAUUCAGUCUUGUAUGUUGGGUCCUACCUUUGCUUUUUUUCUCCUACUCAAACAUCUCAGUCUCUCCAGAUGAUAAAAGAAAAUUAGUCUUCUCCUGUUAAGGACGUAUGUAUGAGGUUGUUUAGAAUGUCAUGUUCAGCUUCAGAUUUCCAGAAGGCUUAGAGGUAGUAAUGGCUAGGCAAAGACUUGGCCAGAAACAUGUUAGUGAAAUGUCUAGAAGGGAACUGAACAUGUAAGGGGGGAAUAUGGCUAGAGCAAAUGUCCAAGGACUGCUGCUCAGGAGUGUUCUGGAUAAAACUUUAUUAAAGUAGGGUGGGGGAGAAUGGGGGUAAGUUUUUUUUGAGCCACUUUAUGCAGCUUUGUACCAAUGUUCUGAUAGCAUAAAUUAACCUGGAAAAAGCAAAUCCCAUACCGGUUUCUCUACUCACUGUUUCACGUCACUGAAGAUAGUAUUAAGCAUUCCAUGAUGCUGAUUUGCUGUGUUUUUCCCGGACUGCUAUUUAAAGGUAGUGGCUUGGUAAAUGCUUAACUUCUGUGUCAGCAGCUUUUUUUGCAAGGUUUUUCUAGUCUUGAUUCAGGACCCUGUCCUUUCCAACUCCCAGUACCUAAACAGCUGGCAUGUGCUUUCAAAGCUGUGAUGUCAGUUUAUUGAUAAAAGAUAGUUGUUUCUUUGCAAACACAGAUGUCUUUUUCGUUUAAUGCUUUAGGUUGGGUUGGUUGCCCCAGGCUUUACUUAAAGCUUUCUGCUGUAGCUCUAAGAAAAUACAAAGUGCCAUAUGCAUAGCUGUCUCAUUGAAGAAUCCCACCACCAAAAGAAGAGAUUAGACUAGAAGAUACCUAUGCAGAGUGCGUAUUUUCUGUUUAUUUGACCGAGUGUUAUGCACAGGACCAUCUGGUGAGCAAGUGGAUUGUAUAGUGGGUUUGAAAUGCUGGUACAGGCCUCCUGAGUGGUUUUAUCACAGGGGAAUGCAUAACCAAGGCCUCCCUACAAGUACCACUUAUUUUUUUCUUCCAUUAGAUCACACUGUGCUGGUUCUGCUAGCUGCUUACCUGUAGAGAACUGGUUUGUUUUUUUCUUUAGUUGUAACUAAACCCAUGCAUUUUUAAUGUUUUUUUGAAGUACCCUAUAACAUAACAUUAACAUAAAGCAUAACACAAAACCAAUAGGUAGAUCUUUCCUGUUGCAUUGAAACAUCUGUUUAAUAUUGCUGUGACUGAAGGCAUGUCCAAAAUCGGUGCAUGGUUGGAGCAUUUUGCAAAUUUGUACCUCUUGUAUUCUCAAAUCGAGUGGAGCAUGUUAACUGAACUAGCAGGCAGUAGUGAGUUUUUGUGGAUCUGCAUUUGCUUGCACACAGUAUUUACAUUCUGUGAUACUCAAAAGCUUUGGGUGUACCUUAAAUAUUAAGACAGCUCUUUGUCAAAAGAAACAAUGGCUUAGACAAGAUAGAAAAAUACAAUGCUUGCAUUUAAUUGGUAUUCUAGAGCUAUGACGCUUGGUUUGUGUUACGGUUCUUGCCUGAAGUACCCCAGUUUGCUGUCUGAUGGCCUUUUCAUAUCUUUUUACCCACUUGGCCAUCUGACAGAAUUAUUCUUGGAAUGAGACAGCCAGACAGAUGGUAUUCUUGGAUCUCCAUUAGAAUGAUUGUCUGGCACAGACACUAAUUCCCUGUCAAAAUGGAAAUAUUUUUUCCUUUCCUAGGUAUGUGUGCUACACCAAGCUGAUAAACUAUAUUAAUCUGAAGGUGGUGUGAUCCUUUAUUGCUACAAAGAAACAAAAGGGUUUUCCCUUAAUUGUAUUUCACAGGGUUUUUUUGUAUGCCUUACUGAGAGAUUUUUGAAGUUGUCUAACAGGUCUACACUCUGUAUUCCUUGCAGGAAUGACUUUGUAAACCAUUAUUUUAAGAUAGAUGUAUAAUUUAAGAGCUCUAAUGUCUGCCACUUGGUUGCUAAGAAAGUUUAAAAGAAAGUGAUCCCAAGCUAUUAAGAAAAUUGAGGUUUCUUCAGAUGGAAUAUGCAUCUCGAAAAUCCUGAAGUAGCUUUACAACCCAGAUGGAUUCUUACUUCCUGCUUUGUUUCUACUCUAAAGUUUGGGCUGAACCUUGGGGGGACAAGUUCACAUACUGUAACUUCUUUUAAGGAAGAAGGUCUCCCCCGAGUUUAAAAAGGCCUUUGUUACUGUCCCAGUGACUGCUCAGGGUUCAACUUUGGUGAAUAAAUGUGUAAAGAGUU